AUGUUAACUCCACUUAGGUUAACAGCAGUUUUACUUGCGCUUGUAGCGCAAGGUUCAAGCGAGUCUACAAAAUGUACAGUAACUGAGUUUUCUCAAGUCGAAAACGUAGUGAAAAAUUGCAAAGAUAUCGUUGUAUCAAACUUGGUGGUACCCGGUGGUGAAACUUUAGAAUUGUAUUUGAACAGUGGAACUACGUUAACUUUCGAGGGAAUCACGGUUUUCGAUCACAAGGAAUGGUCUGGUCCCUUAAUAAGAGUCAGAGGAAACAACAUAACUAUCCAAGGAGCUCCAGGUUCAUUGCUGAAUGGACAAGGAGAACUAUACUGGGAUCACAUGGGAGAUAAAGGUCCAAAAAAACCACAAUUCAUGAAAAUAGAAGCGUUCGAUGGAUCAGUAUUUAAGGAUAUUAAGAUCAUUAAUUGCCCUCAUCAUUGCAUCUACAUCGGCAAAUCCGAUCAAUUGACUAUAACCGGCUGGAUUAUAGAUAAUUCAUAUGGAGAUCAUGACAAUUUCACAGGACACAAUACGGACGGUUUCGAUGUAUCGGCAGCGACUAACCUCGUCAUAGAAAAGUCCACAGUAAUCAACCAAGACGAUUGCAUUGCCCUGCGUCACGGGGCCAACAUUCUUGUUAGGAACAUGUUCUGCUCUGGAGGGCACGGCAUCAGCCUGUCGACGGGCUUCAAUUACACGUUGUUUGAAGAAAACACUCUUUAUAACGUAACCGUCGAGGAUUCCGUUAUCGUAAGGUCGGACAAUGGAAUUCACGUGAAAACGCACGCGGACUCUUUCAAAGGAGAGAUCAAAAACGUUACGUACAGCAAUAUAUUUCUAUCGGGUAUACAUAACUACGGGAUAAACGUCCAACAGGACUACGUGAACGGUUCAGCAACCGGAAUACCCAACAAUAAUAUUCCGAUUAUCGAUUUGAACUUGAUAAAUAUCCAUGGAAAUGUCUUGGACGUCUACAAUAACUCUAUGCCUGUUUACAUUAAUUGCGGCAAAGAAGCUUGCGUCAAUUGGACCUGGUCUGGAGUCAACGUUUCCGGUGGAAGGGAAAAGAGUAAAUGCAAUAAUUACGAACCGAAUGGUUACAAGUGCUUGGACAACACGAACAAAAGCUCGCAGAGUCUUUAUGUAAAUAAAUUAAUGGUUAAACCACCUACUGCUUGA